AUGACGAGUAAGUUGAAUUGUGGGGAACCCAAGCCAACUCAGACAACUCUUACAUUAUCUGAUCAUUCUAUCACAUACCCAUACAAAGUUCUUGAUGAUGUAAUUUUAAGAGUAGAUGCUUUGUUGUUUCUAAAAGAUUUUGUGAUUCUUGAUAUGCUAGAAAACGAUGAAACACCAAUACUUAUAGGAAGGUUGUUCUUUGAAAUGGGCAGAGCUCUCAUUGAUGUGGAAUUGAGAGAGAUGAUUUGGAGAUUCAACAAAGAAAAAAUUGUGUUUAAUGUGUUUGAAGAAAUGAAACAUCAUAAAGAGAAUCAUCAGUGGUACAUAAUUCAUAUAGUGGAAGAAAUUGUUAAAGAGGUAGUUGCUCAAUUCAUUUAG